ACCGAACUAGUGCACGGUAAACAACCUACCGUAAUGUAUCUGUUCAAGAUUUUGACGUUCCUGCCUCUGCUUGUUUUAUGCAAGGCUGAAGACGAACUUAUCGCUGUCUCAGCGUUGAUCCGACAUGGCAUGAAGAUUCCUAGUUCUUUCUAUCCGACAGACCCUUACAUCAAUGUUACCUGGCCUUUUGUUUCGGGAGAUUUGACCAAUCUCGGCGUCAAAGAGAUGUUCCACGUGGGCCAAUGGCUGAGAAGGAAAUAUUCAAAGUUCUUAUCUGAAAAAUACAAACCAGACGAACUAUACGCCCAUUCUGUAGAUUUCGAUAGGUGCUACAUGACUGGCGAAGCAACGCUGGCUGGUCUCUAUCCACCCGUUGGUGAGGAAAUAUGGAACAGUCGCAUUCUCUGGCAACCAAUUCCUAUACAUGGAUCACCCAACAGCCAAGACAUAGAAGCGAACGUGUUAGAACCCUGCCCUAAUAAGUUCCAGGCAGCAUUAAAUCUGAUUUACGAAUCUCCGGAGUAUCCAGCUAUCAUCAAGAAAUACGGGCCACUCCUAGAUUACCUCAGUAAAAUGUCCGGAGAGAACCUAACACUUUCGUCGUUAUAUGGGUUCUUCGACACCUUAUUCAGCGAGAAAAAGCUUGGCUUGCAGUUGCCGAAAUGGGCUGAAGAAAUCUACCCCGAAAUAAUUCCAGCUAUAGUGCUCUACACUAAAUUGAAUUCAUUGACUCCUCUCGAGGUAGAGGUGCAAACAGGUCCCAUGGUCACUCAGCUCUUGAACCAGUUUCAACGCGCCAUAUCUGGAGAAGAUUUUGGCACAACCAGUACGAUCUACAGAAAGUUUAUGAUUUACUUCUCGACUGAAUGGAUGCUUUAUGAUUUCACGUACGGUCUUGGUUUAGAAAGUAUAGGAAUACCCGAUUAUGGUGCCUUGUAUUUGAUCGAGCUCAGGAGGAAUUCCAAAAAGGGCUAUUACGUCAAUAUAUUGUACAGAAGAUCGGCCACUCCAGGAACUAAAGCUGUCCCUUGGAGGUUCAAAGGAGAUGGAUAUAGUCCCAGUUACGAGAGUUUCAAGAAGUACUUAGAACCUAUGAAAAUUAACACCACCCAAUGGGUACCCUUGUGUUAUAACCUCACAGGUGCAGAACCUAAAACAGCAACUGGAGUUCCUAUAUCUUAGUUCAAUUUUGCUUCGAUUAUGUGAGUAACUAUGGGCGAAGAACAUUAUUUGAAUGUAUGUUAUAGGUAAAUAUAAAAUAAAAUUAAUCUUCAUUGUUCA